AUUUCUAGAAAUAAGUAGCCGGAAACGUUUAUAAUUCUAGUAAAUAAACAUUGUACGAAUUUACAUGUGUUCAGAUUACUUGUCUUAUAGUCGUUUUCACUGCUAAUUUAAACUCCUAUCAAUUAAAACUCACAAUGAAAAGCCGUAAGGUUAAAGCUGCGGCGCGUAGCAAAGCCUAUAUGAAGAAACUAAAAGGUUCAAUUCCACUUGAUGUCGAAGAAAAUAGUUUUGAUGAACAUGAAGGAGAAGAUUCUGUUGAAGAAGAUGACAAUACUCAAUUUCAAGAGGAUAGCUCCAGUGAGGAGGAAGUUCUUCCGAUUACAGACGAUGAAAAUGAUAGCUCAGAAGAAGAGGAGGAAGGUGAAAAUGAAGAUGAAGAUUUGCCUGAUUUAAAUAAUUGGGGCAAGAAGAAAAGCAUAUACUAUAAUGCAGAUUUUGUUGACAAAGACAGAGGGAAGACCUAUAGAGAAGAAGAUUUAGAACUUGAAAAUGCUGAAAGGGAAGCAGCAGGCCUUCAACAGGAAACGGCAAUGCAGCUAGAUAGAUUUGAAUCUUCAGCAUAUUUGGAAGAUUAUGACAGAGCUCUUGAACUCAUAUCAAAAAAGCUUCCAUUGAAAUCUGAAGGGGAAUUACAAGAUGCUGACAAUCUUGAAAUUGAAAAGCUAAAGCAUGAAAGUAGAAAGUAUCCCAAGUUGUCUGAGUAUAAAGAGAAUUUCAAGGAAAAGUUUUCAGAGGUAAAUGAAAAAUUAGCUCCUCUCCUAGAGCUGUCUGAAAGAGUAGAGCUUGAUGAAAAAUUGGUCUAUUUCAUAAAACUCAAAUAUCACAUCCUUUUACACUACUUAUUGAAUAUUAAUUUUUAUUUCUACCUGAAAUGUUCAGAAGAUGUACCUGAAAAUCAUCCCAUUUAUAAAAAAAUAGAACAGUUUAAAAAUCUUGAUGAACAGAUGAACUCCCAUAAAAGUUAUUUGAAAGAAAUAGAAAGCAUUUCACUAAUGUUGAAGGAAAAUAAAGAUAUUUCUGUAUUUAAAGAGAAAGUAUCUAAACCCGAUUCAUUGCACAAAAGAAGCGAAGAUAGAAAUUCUGCUAGAAAGAGUAGUCCUGGAAAAAAUAAGUCAUUAAUUUCCAAAUUGUUUAGCAACGUUAAAGAAGCAUCAGAGAAAAAUUUGGUGCCUGGAACUGAAGAAAUGGAAGAAGAUUUUGAUGCAGAGAAUCCUACAGAAGGAACAGGUGACGAGAAAAGAAUGAUUACAUAUCAGAUUGCUAAAAACAAAGGUUUAAUUGCUAAAAGGAAAAAAGAGCAGAGAAAUCCUAGAGUUCACAAUCGAAUGAAGUAUCGUAAAGCCAAGAUAAGGAGGAAGGGACAGGUACGUGGUGUUGUUAAAGAAAUGAAACGCUAUGCAGGGGAACCAACUGGAAUCUCAGCCCAUGUCGUAAGAAGUACAAAAAUUAAAUAAGUCCAUUGUAAAUAUCAGUUGUAUUGUAUAUUAAUCACAGCUUUAUAUUUUGUUAAAUAAAGCUUAUGAAAUUUAA